GACGAUUCGACCACCCUUCCUUCACACUACAAUAUGGCUUCCUACCUCCAUGGCGAUUCACUUGGAAGUUGGAGCACAUUUCCGCCCGGAUCUCUUUCUUUCCUUCUCACACUCCCUGACCUUACCAAACGUUUCAUUUACUAACCUGUCAUGUUGGAAAUAUUUCACUUUAAUUCUUUAAUUCUUGGGUAGCAAAUAGGAAUCAGACAUGGGGAAGAUAGAACCGUGUCACUCUAUCUAGUUUCCCCUGCAUCCCGAUUCUGGGCUGAGUCUUUUUUUUUAUUUACCUCAAUCUUCCUUCAUACAUAGGUAUACUAGCGUAUAUUCAUAUGGUUUCCCGCGUUGAGGUGGGUACCACUGCAUAUUGUAAGAGACUACAGGUCACAGUCAUAUAAUAUAAGAUUCCAUACUUUUCUGUAUUGUGUGUGCUUCUUUUCCUCACCCUCUUUUGAACUUUCUCCUCAACACACUUUCGUACUUUUGUACACCACAUUCAUUUAUUCAUUCUCUGCGUGCUAUUCAUUCCUUCAUUUGCUACUCUGUUGAUACAGAAUCUUCUAUUCCAUCAAAUACCAAUUGAGGCCAGUCACUCUUGUGUUUUUCGUUCACUUUUCAACCAUCCAUCGGCUUUCAAAACAGUCAUUUUACAAAUACCAGCACCAUUAGACUUGAAUACAUUUCAAAGUACAUAUUCUACACCCAAAAUCCUCAUUUCCACUCACUCCGCCAUUAUGGUUUUCUCAAAAUUGGCCCUCGUGAGCACAUUCGCCGCUUCGGCCACUGCAUACUCUGCGACUGCAAGAACUUUCGCUGUCAACCAUUUCUAUGGAACAGGACCUCUUCUUACCGCCCGUAUAGACCCAAUUGUCAAUCCAGGAACCGUUGGAACCCACGUUCAUGCGAUCCAAGGAGGAAGUGCUUUUGGUAUGACGAUGGGGGACACCACUGCUUUAGAUGAUUCUAACUGCACUUCCUCCCUUGUCAAGAAUGAUAAGAGCAAUUAUUGGACCCCUUCCUUGUAUUUUGUCGAUCCAAACGAUCCCACCAAUAUUACAGCCGUACCUAUGUUCUAUAUGAACGUUUACUACUUCUUCGAGCCCACAACCGACAAGAUCACCGCUUUCCAGCCAGGUCAUCGAAUGUUAGUAGGAAAUGCAGCUCUUCGUACUCCUCCAGCAGGAGGUGGAGGAUCCAUCGUCGAUUAUUCCCUCGGAACACCCCAACCAAUCCAAGUUACCUGCCCACGUACCAACUACGAUACUCCAUCUUACCCCGCCGACUCAGACGGAUUACACGGAGUAGGAAUUCAGGACCCGCAAAACAAAGGAGCAGGUGUUGGAUUUCCAGAUCAAAAUUGUGAUGGAUUUGCUUCGCCAAUGCGUCUCGAUGCUCACUUCCCUUCAUGCUAUAAUCCUGCUGCGGGGUUGACUGAUUACAAAACAAACAUGGAUUGGCCUACCAAGGGAAAUUGUCCUGAGGGUUGGAUUCAUACUCCUCAUAUAUUCUAUGAGGUUUAUUACAACACUCCCCUCUUUGCAAGUCAAUGGACCCCGGGUCAAGGAAAACAACCUUUUGUUCUUGCUAAUGGAGACCCAACUGGUUAUGGAUUCCAUGCUGAUUUUAUCUCAGGCUGGGAUGUAGAAACUCUUCAGCAAAUCAUCGAUAACUGCGACGCAGGUGAUAGUGGUAUGGAUAAAUGCCCAGGUCUCAUCGGUGGUCUCAACGAUCCAACCACAUCCUGCACUAUCAAAUCACCAAUCGAUGAAAUUGUUAACGGUACUAUGUCUGUGUUACCAGGUAGUAACCCUAUCGGACAAUGGGGCUCUGGUGUAGCCAGCGUCGCUUCUUCUGUCGUCGCAUCUGCCACUUCUGGUAUUGCUUCUCAAGCUUCUUCAGUAGCUGUCAGUGCUUCUUCAGCUGUGUCUUCAGUUGUAUCUGGUGCUUCUUCAGUUGCUGCUUCGGUGUCCAAUGUUGCAUCAUCUGCACUAGGAGUUGCUACAUCAGCAGCAAGUAUUUCCAUCCCAAGCAUUUCUCUACCCCUCUAUCAAGCACCAACCUCAACCGCAUCCCAAAAUUCUCAAACCCAUACCCGCAGCGUCGCUUCCACAAAAGUCGCAGCUGCAUCAUCAGCUGCCAGCGAGGUCGUAUCUUCCAGCGUCAUCACAUCCGGAGGCCAAGUCUUCACAUCCAUCGUCACCGUCCACGCUUCUACACUCAUGUACAAAACCGUCUCGGUCACUGCAGGUCAAGUUCUUCCUACCGGCUCUAGCGUCUCUUCUAGUACUCCGGCUGCUAUCUCCGGAUACUCAUAUGCUGGUUGUUACGCAGAUCAAGAAUCCAGUCGUGCGCUCUCUGGCGUCACAUUUGCCGAUGUGGGUAAAGGUGCUGUUUCCAACUCAGCGUGUGUGGCAUACUGCGAAGAAAAGGGAUAUAGUGUUGCGGGAACAGAAUACGGAGGACAAUGUUUCUGUGGACAAAGUUUACCAAGCCAGACCGUAGAUGCGAGUAAGUGUGCUAUGGCGUGCGAGGGAGAUGCAAAUGAGAUUUGUGGGGGUUCCUUAACACUGAGUGUUUAUUCUAAGAAUAGUGCGAGUAAGAGAAAGUCGAGACACUUGCAUAGACAUGUGCAGAGGAAUUAGACUGGUUCUAGCGAGUGGUAUCUCCAUCAUUUUGGGAUAUGCAGUGAGCUGGUGACUCUGCAUCAUAUGGAUGCUAGCGAUAGAUGGUGUGGAGGAAACAUACACAAACAUGACAUUCGUUCUCGCAAGGCGAGCCCUUUUAUUCUUUCUACUUUCUUUUUUCUUGAACAAAUUUUAGAGAUCUUGGAGCAAUUUGAUAGGGUAGACAAACCUUUUUGAUAAAGUAUCUCGAACAAUCACGUCUUCUCACCUCAUGCUUUUUUGUGGAUUGUAAGCUAGAUUGAGAUGUGUAUG